AGCAAGCGAAUCGGCCGACGAGGAAGACGAAACCCCUCAGGCGGUGGCGGGUAGCCGGAGCAAGGAGCCAUCCGAUCCUAUCGGACGGUUCACGAUCAAACCCUCAAGUAGGGUCGUGUCGCCGCGGCGCCGCCCAUUUCUGACCCUCAAGUCCGAUCCGAUGGGCACCGACAUCGCCGCCGGCGACGGGGAAGCCAGAUCGCCCCUGCCUGUUCCGGACGGACUGGACGGCAAUGGCUUCCCCACCACCAACUCCGACGACGCUAGCAGCAGCAGCUUCGCCGCCGACUUCUACCGUAGUGGCGCCGACUGGUCCUCGCUGCGCGCCGCUCCCGCUCCGCUUGAGGAGGGGUCCGGAAAGAAGGAGAGGCCCGGCGGCUUCCUCGUCCAGAGGAACCUCUUCCAGGCGUGGGGGAUCGAGAAGCCACGGCGACGGGAGGAAGCGAGGGGCGGCGGGGCUGGGGCUUCUUCGUCCGCUACUCCCUCCCCUUGUAGGAAGCGGCACCGAGGAGGGGAGAUGGAGGUGAAGCCUCUCGCCUGCCCGUUCUACAAGAAGAUUCCCGGGACUCCAUUCACGGUGGAUGCAUUUCGGUACGGAGUGGUCGAGGGGAGCCAUGCCUAUUUCCUCAGCCAUUUUCACCACGACCAUUAUGGUGGACUAACAAAGAAAUGGUGCCAUGGUCCCAUCUACUGUACUGUUAUCACCGCUCGCCUGGUUAAAAUGUGCCUGUCAGUAAAUUCUGAGUAUAUUUGUCCAUUGGAGCUUGAUAAGGAGUAUGUUAUAGAGGGGGUUGCAGUGACCUUGCUAGAGGCCAACCAUUGCCCUGGUGCAGCACUAAUUCACUUCCGUCUUGGUGAUGGAAAGACAUAUCUCCAUACUGGGGAUUUUAGGGCAUCAAAAUCAAUGCAAUUGCACCCACUUCUCCAAAUAGGCCGUAUAAAUUUACUUUACCUGGACACUACGUAUUGCAGUCCAAAAUACAAGUUCCCUCCCAAAGAGGAUGUUAUUGAUUUUGUUGUGAGGACAGCUCAAAGAUAUCUACAGAAGGAACCAAAAACACUCAUUGUUGUAGGAGCAUAUAGUAUCGGGAAAGAAAAUGUAUAUCUAGCAAUUUCUAAAGCUUUAGAGGUUCCUAUCUACACUGAUCCAUCAAGAAGGCGUAUUCUUCACUCAUUUGGCUGGUCAGAUUUAUCCAAAAGGAUAUGUUCAUGCAAUCAAAGCUCAUUACUUCAUGUUCUGCCCCUAUCAUCUGUGCGGCAUGAGAACUUGAAGAGGUACUUGGAGACUCUUAACCAAAGAUUUGUAGCUGUGCUCGCUUUUCGACCUACAGGUUGGUCUUUCUCUGAGUCAACUGGAAAGCAGCUUGACCUAAUUAAACCCAGCUCCAGUGGCAGAGUUACAAUCUAUGGUGUUCCCUAUAGCGAGCACUCAAGUUUUACUGAGCUUAGGGAUUUUGUUAUGUUUCUGAGACCAGAAAAGGUAAUUCCCACUGUUAAUGUUGGGAAUGCCACAAGUCGAGACAAAAUGCGAGCACAUUUCCAGGAAUGGCUGAGGGGCUUGUGAUAGAUGAAGCCUGAUCAGUUUAUCCAUACCAGCCUUGGCUGAGGGAUAUUCAGUGAUUGCCAGUGAGACCACGACUGUACCGUUUGACUCUAUACUCUUAAGAGCAGCCAAGAUCUUCUGUGAAGGUCAGUCUACUCUACAUUGAAAAAAGGAAGGGUUUCCAAAGUAUUAUCACAGACUCCAAUCAUUGUUCAACCAAAUGAGUUUCUUCAUGGUGGUAGUGUCAUUGGACAACUGAUAAUAAGAGACUAUGUUGAUCAUCAUAAUAACUUAAUUUCAUUACAUCCUCAUUGUAAGUAUCAGUACUCAUGUCAGCAGUACAUUGCCUAGUCCUGGUCUGGUCCCAGAUCUUGAGUUCACAAAAUGCUUUUGGGUACAGUGUUGCAUAUGAUCAUUAGGAACCAUGCUAGAACUUUCAUUUCCUGCCCAUAUGAAAAGAAAAUGUAAAUGUAUAUCUUAUAUCUCCCAUUCUUUCCUUUCGAGUUGCUAUCGUCACAUGUAGCACACAUUCACACGUUCAAUUGCUAAGCAAAGGCACCAAACACAUAUUCAC